CUCCUCCACGUGUCACCUCUAUAUCUCACCUUCUCAACCGAAAAUUUUCACUUUUCCCCUCUAUUCUCUCUCAAUAGCUCUGCAAUUUUUUAGGUUGCGGUUUUCACCAUGAGUGGUGCUACGAACCAGUUAAUAUCUGUUAGUCCGCCGGAGCUCAGGUUCCAAUUUGAGUUGGAUAAACAAAGCUACUGCGAUCUUAAAGUCACAAACAGCACAGAGCAUUCUGUUGCUUUUAAGGUGAAAACUACUUCCCCAAAGAAGUACUUUGUUCGACCGAACACUGGUAUAAUACAGCCCUGGGAUUCAUGUUUCAUUCGAGUCACCCUUCAAGCUCAAAAGGAAUACCCACCGGAUAUGCAAUGCAAGGACAAAUUCCUCCUACAGAGCACAAUUGUGAAUAAUGACAUUGAUGAACUUUCUCCGGAUACUUUCAACAAGGAAGGUGGAAGAACCGUAGAAGAGUCCAAGCUUAGGGUUGUUUACAUAUCUCCUCAUUCAUCUCCUGGACAUUCUGAAGAUUUUAAACAAAGUUCUGAUUUCACCUCUAAUCAAGCAUUGCAGCGUAUCAAAGAUGAAAGAGAUGCAGCUGUCCGACAAACACAACAGCUGUUACAGGAACUGGAAAUUAUGAAGAGACGAAGAAAUCGGAAUGAUCCAGGCUUCUCUCUAAAGUUUGCAAUUGUUGUCGGAGUCAUUGGCCUAAUGGUUGGCUUUCUGCUGAAACUGUUGUCAUCGCCUUCUGUAGAAUAGCUCAAGUUUCUUCAUUCUUGGAUUUUACUGUAUAAUUUUCUAGUGCUGAUGAAGGGAAGAGCUUUCUAGCUCUGUUAAUUUUGUGUAAAUUGAUCAAUUUAUAUAAUUUUUUUAAUUUUUAA